UUCAUUAUUCAGGAAAAGGCAAUGGUCUAGAUGUCUACAAACAUGAACCAUAUUCAAAGCUACAGUGUCACUCACAACCUGGGGAUGUGAGUGCCUUUCGAAACUUCUCGGAUUCACAACAAUACAUGGGUCAAAUUGAUCAAAUGGAUUACACGACUGAUAGUUAUUCAUACAUUAAUGCUUACGAAUCAAGACCACAAGCAAGCACCAGUGAACGCCAAAUGCAGCCAAUUGGGAAGAAACAACAGAAAAUUCCUUGUGACAUCUGCGGACGUAUGAUUAGCAGGGAUAUUUUAAGACACAGAAGAACCCAUGAUCGUACUUCCAGGUUCCAAUGUGUGUUUCCCAAGGAGUGUUGCACUCACAAGACAGGGUUUUUUAAUAGAAGAUACGAUUUUAAGAAGCAUUUACUGCAUAUACAUUUCAUCCUAGAUGAUCCUAAAGUCAAGAAGUUGAAAUCGCUGGAACAGAAACUUCGGAAAAGAGGCCAUUGUCUCUGUGGUCAAGAAAUGUCAGCGCAGGAGUCGUUAGACCAUAUUACUCAAGUAGACGAGAAUCAAGAACCUGUAUGUCCUGAUCUUGCACAGAGGUGAAAGACAUUGAAAAGAAAGAGAACUUCGAUAUGAAGCAUAACGUUAGGAUUUGGGGACAAUGAGGUGGGUUCAAUGUGAAGGGUACACAAUGCAGCAUUGAAGAGAUAUAUUUUGAGAGCAGCCUAUCCCUUUUGGUAUACUUCACAUUGUAUUUUGAUGGAUAGCAGUGUGCUUUACUUCUAUAAGACAAGGGGUGAUGAUUUUCACGGUUAGGCUAGGUGAAAACUAAUCAACAUCGAAACCACUGGUUAUAUAGCGUAUGCUUGUGAAUGUAUAC